AAAAAACAAGCAAAUGAAAUCCCACUGUACAGGUUUGCCUGCAUGUUCGUCUUUGUUUUUUUCGACAGAGUGGAGCAUCCUGCCGUCUCUUCGCCCUUCAACCAUCUCAGCUCAGCUGUCAUUACACGAAUGUUUUCAGUGAAGGGUUUUGGAAACCAGACCAAAGGUUUCGUGGUUACCGUGGCAAUUGAACAGAUAAAUCGUUAAAAUUGACAAAUUGUUUUAACACCACGGGUUGUUAGUUGUGGAAAAACUGGCUGGAGGCUAAGAUGGUCAGGGCUGGCGGUGUUUUAAAGUUUGCAACGCUCAUCUUUGCAUUCCUCCUAGCUGUCUUUCUGGCUUUUCAGCUGCUAGAAAUCAACCUGGACUUCAAACUGAGCAGUGUGAUUUCAAGAUCUAUGCCAGUGAAUGAAGUUUCCGCAAAGCCAAUCAGGUAUAAGUGUGGGCUGUCCAAGUCAUGUCCGGAUGGACACUUUGCCUUCAAGAUGACGAGUGGAGCGGCCAGUGUGGUGGGGCCCAGAAUCUGUCUGGAGGACAAAUUACUAAUGAGCGGUGUGAAGAACAACGUUGGGAGAGGAAUCAACAUUGCCCUGGUUGAUGGGAGAACAGGAGACGCUGUCAAGACCGACUUUUUUGAUAUGUGGGCAGGAGAUGUGGCUCCCCUCAUUAAAUUCCUGAAGGAAAUCAAUGAAGGGACAGUUGUGAUGAUGGCCUCAUUUGAUGAUCCCUCAACAAAACUCAAUGAUGAAGCCAGGAAGCUAAUUGCUGAUCUGGGUAGCUCAGCUGUCAGUAAUUUGGGCUUCCGCGAUAACUGGAUCUUUGUCGGAGGGAAAGGCAUCAAGACCAAGAGUCCGUUUGAGCAGCAUAUAAAGAACAGUGCAGACACUAACAAAUUUGAGGGAUGGCCCGAGGUGUUGGAGAUGGAAGGCUGUGUGCCCCAGAGGCAGGACUGAGAAGCUUGUUAUUUUACCUACCAGAACUAAAUCUCUCCAGAAGAUAUUAGAAGAAAAGAGAAGCCACUGUGCCCUGAGCAGGAAAGUGAAACGUGGACCUUUUCUCUCUCACUUCUUCUGUUUGGAAACCGUUAUGUAGA